AUGGAAUUACAAAGCUGGUCGGCAUCGCCGCCGGCCACUACUAAUGCGAGGAGGAGGCGAAAGAACGGAUGCAACGGCGGCGACAAUAAUGAUAAUCAUAGAGGGGAGACGCGGAACGACGACGUAUCGGAAUGCUGCUGCAGCCCGUCGUGCACGGCGGGGGCGAUAGCCGACUGCGUGGCGCUCUGCUGCUGCCCCCUCGCCGUCGUCAACUUCCUCGCCCUAGCAUUCGUCAGGAUCCCCUGGACGGUGGGGCGGCGCUGCAUUGGGACCAUGCGGCGGAACAAGAAGAAGAAGAAAAAGAGGAAAGGUGCGCUGAUGAUGGAGAUGGUGACGUCAGCCGGCGGCGGCGGGCUGAGUGACUUGGAAGAAGAAGGGAGUAGUGGAAAUGGGGAGGAUGGGGAUGUGAUAUACGUGGUGGAGAGGUCGGACGGUAGCCGGAGCUUGAGGAUGGCCGGGGAUAUUGACGAGGAAGAUGUCGCCGGCGGCGGCGGGGGACGGCGGAGGAGCGCCAAGUAUGAGGCGGAGAAGGUUUGGUUGGAGCUCUACCAGGUUGGUCAUUUGGGCUUUGGUAGGGUCUCUUUCACUGGAAUCUCCACAGCCCUCUCUUAA